AUGCGGUGUUGUGGCAUUUUGCUGGGUUUCAGUUGCUUGAGUUCGGCUGCGUCAAGCUAUCCUAGGUCUUCGAAGGUGGAAUCCUGCGAGGAAUUCUCCUCGUCUGUUCGUGGGACAGCAGCAGCGAACACUCUAAACGCCACAUACGCCCCGGCGCACUCCCUCAAUAUCAGCGGCAUACUAAACGAGUUCCCGCUAUGUCGCCUGUUCGGUGAAAUCCACUAUCAUGCUAACCGCUCGGUCGUUUUCGAACUCUGGCUGCCGGACACAUCGAGCUAUAACAGCAGAUUCCUUGUCGUCGGAAAUGGCGGUAUGGCUGGAACCAUACUGGAGAGUGACAUGAUGCAAGGUCUCAAUGACGGUUACGCAGUGGCGGGAGGCGACUCCGGGCACCGCGCAUCCGACAAUAACGGUGGCAACGGCGAACCGGGAGUCUACCUCCCAUACCUGCAUGACCGUGAUCAAGUCACAGCAUGGAUUCGCGACUCUAUCGCCUACUUCACCCCGGCAGCGAGGGAGCUCACCACUACGUUUUACCGCACAGCGCCCAGACACAGCUACUAUCAGGGCUGUUCAACCGGAGGCGCUCAGGGUAUGGCCCUUGCCGAGUUUCACGAGCACCUGUUCGACGGCAUCGUGGCUGGAUGCCCGGGCAAUUGGUAUUCCCACCUAGCGUUGUCGUUCCUGUGGAAUUCCCAGGUGACGAAGGGCCCCGGAUUCCUACCACAGUCUGCACUCAGUCUCAUCACGAACGCCGUCCUCGCUGAGUGCGAUCUCAUCGACGGGGUUGCAGAUGGAGUACUCGAGAAUCCUUUGCUGUGUCAUUUCGAUAUCACCUCGCUGCAGUGCCCUUCAUCCACAUCGAACUCUUCGACCUGCCUCACUUCAGCACAAAUGGAAGCGGCGCAGAAGAUCUGCGCCGGACCAGUCGAUACGCGAGACAAUACAUCAGUUUAUCCGGGGUUCUCCUUCGGAAGUGAGACGGAGUGGCUGUAUCAAGAAGUAGCCCUAGCAGACGCCUUUUCGAUCCCCAUCCUACAGAACAUGGCCUUCGACGACCUAUCUUAUGACGAGAGCGAUUUCAACUGGGGCACUGAUAUCGACGUAGUAAACGACAAGGUCGGCUCGCUCAUCGACGCGAAUAGCCCUAACCUUAUGUUUUUUAAAGAGUCGGGCGCAAAGCUGCUUAUGUACCAAAGCUGGGCGGACCCCUACAACGCCGCCAUCUGGCCGAUCCACUAUCACAAGCAGGUAGAAGAGACAUUUAAUGGCGAUAUCGGUGACUGGUUCCGGCUGUUCAUGAUCCCGGGCGGCGGGCAUUGCGGCGCGGCCUCGAACUACCCCCAGGUCCCUGCGACGUGGCAUGCGCUCAAGGCCGUCGUGCAAUGGGUCGAGACGGGCGUCCCGCCAUGCGAGAUGCUGGGAACGAAUCCGACGGAUGAGAGUCUGAGUCAUAAGACGAGCAAGCUUUGCCCGUGGCCUCGGACUGCGAAAUACCAAGGUGGGAGUUCGGAUGAUUGGAACUCGUACGUGUGUACAUAUUGA